CAUAUGAUAUGGUUAUUGAUCAAAUAAAUUCCGCACCCGGGCACAAAUUUAAAUUAUAUAUCUUUACCUAAUACAUGCAACCCAAGUGCUUGGUUGCUUAUUCCUCUCUGCGUCGUAUCAUCAACGAUCACUCAAAUUUUUACAUUUAAGUUAGCUAGCUAGUCUUUGUUGCUAGAUAGAUCUGGGAGAUAAGAGAUUAAAAAAAAAAAGAAGCAAGCUUUAGUAGUAAUUAGCAGGUUGGAGAGAGACUUCAUUCAUUAAACAUCAUCAAUUAAUGGCAACGGCACAGGAGCGCGCCGAGCUGGACGCCAGGGCGCGGCAGGGGGAGACAGUUAUCCCCGGCGGCACGGGCGGCAAGAGCCUGGAGGCCCAGGAGCAUCUGGCUCAAGGCAGGAGCCGAGGCGGGCAGACUCGGAAGCAGCAGCUGGGGACGGAAGGGUACCAGGAGAUAGGUAGCCGGGGAGGGCAGACCCGCAAGGAGCAGAUAGGGAGGGAGGGGUACCAGGAGAUGGGCCGGAAGGGGGGCCUCAGCACCGCAGAGAAGUCCGGUGGGGAGCGAGCUGCCGAGGAGGGCAUUCCCAUCGACGAGUCCAAGUACAGGACCAAACCGGCCAGAUCAUCCGCUCUCAAUUAAUUCAUAUAUAUAUAUAUAUAUAUAUACGAAUAUACUCGAAUCAUAAAUAAUGUCCGCCCACCCAUCCAUAUCCGAACAAAUUAACGAGUAGUGUAUGCAUAUAUAUGUAUGUUUGCUUCCGACCUGGACGUCGUCUGCUGCUGCCGUCUUUUGGCAUAUCGGGAUGCGCAUCCACUAUCUGCUGCUUCGCUUGGUUGCUUGCAUUGCGUGCUUGUAUCCCCAUAUAUAUAUAUAUAUGUAGUAUAAUAUAUUUAUCUUCAUAUAAUUCUCGUUAGUUGUUCGCGUACUGUUGGGGGUGUUGGGUCUCUUGUGUUGGGUCUCUUCAGAAAAAGUGUGUAAUUUUGCCUAGCCGGUCGAUCGAGCUCCUGCUGCUGUCUGCCUAGCUUGCUGUAGUAGAUUAUUGAUAAAUUAAUAAUGGAAAAUGGUAGCAGUAAA